UUGCUAUCUGACGUCACCGACACAAUAACAGGAAGUGUAAACUGAAUCCAGCAACCUUGCUGCCGAUUAACGUGUAUAUUUUACAUUCUAAGAAAUGACUUGCACACUGGAAAAGGUGCUGUCAGAUGCCAAAUCGCUGGUGGAGCGCCUCCGUGAUCACGACAGUGCUGCUGAGAUCCUAAUAGAGCAGACUACAUUACUAAACAAACGAGUGGAGUCUAUGAAACAGUAUCAGGAGGAGAUUGAGGCGCUUAACCAGGUGGCGAGGCAUCGACCGAGAUCUACCCUAGUUAUGGGAAUUCAGCAAGAGAACCGACAAAUCCGGGAACUGCAGCAGGAAAACAAAGAAUUGCGCACAUCUUUGGAGGAGCACCAGUCAGCUCUAGAACUGAUCAUGAGUAAAUAUAGAGAGCAGGUGUUCCGCCUACUAAUGGCCAGCAAGAGAGACGACCCAGCCAUCGUCACGCAGCUUAAAGAGCAGCACACUAAUGAAAUGCAGGCACACAUAGACAAGAUCAACGAGAUGGCUACGGUGAUGAGGAAGGCCAUUGAGGUGGACGAAGGUAGAGUGUGUGAAGAUGAGGAACGGAUCAGACAGUUGGAGUUGGAGAACAGAGGUCUGAGGGAGCUUCUGGGAAUCAAUCGCGAAGCUUUUCUGGUGCUGAAGAGGGAUGAUGCAUCUGAGAGCACCUCUCUGUCACCGUUAGUAACCAGCACUGACCUGAGUCUGAGGAAGAGCUAGAGUGCUUCACAAACACUGGACUCUGUGCAACACUGAUUUCUCACACACAACCCGUAGAUCAUCUCCUUUGCAAAGAAGAUGCUUCAAACAUGUGCCUGAGUUCCUGCAGGCGUGUUGCAUUUUAUUUGGCUUUGUCCUUUUCCGAACACCCUUUACUUUUGUACCACUUACCCAACAGCCAUUGGUCUCCGACGCAGGCACAGUUGUCAUUCCGGCCUGGCCUCUGCCUCCGGCUGUCUGGCCGCCGCCUCCGGCUGUCUGGCCGCCAGUGGUGUAGUUUGACUAUUCUUCUCUGCCUGGAUAGAGAACAGAACUGCUGUGAGUGAGGGGAGAUGCUUGCCAAGUGCUUCAACAUGACCUGUUGUUUUUAGCCUCCCCCCUUCACCUUUUGUGAUAGUUGAGUUAAAACGAAGAGUUUGAUUGCCCAGGCCACGGUGGUCUCCACCCUGGCCUGGCAGCACUUACCUUAGCCAUUAGGAGAUUGGAACAGGCACCUUGAGACACUUUUGUAAAUAUAGCACGACCGAUAGCAACAAAUGGUACAUAAUAUAUACAAGUGAUUUUGAGGACAGGUUUGGUCUUUGCAUUUUCACUUGUUUUUAGGCUGCCUUGAGUCAUGAUGCCUUGGAACUGUUUUAUGUCUGUAUGGAAGAAUGUGUUUUACUGAAAUUUAAUUAAAUUUGUCUUUACAUGAUUUA